AUGUUGCAUGUUCCGGAUUGGUUUUCAUGCCUUUUGCAACAUCGACCAGAGGUGUUGCUAGCUGGCUACAAUGUUGAGGACGAGGAUCUACGUCAUCAUUUGCGGGCCUUUUGGGAAUCCUACAGGCAAGAAAAUCCUUCGCAUCCUGUCUUCGCAACUCACUGCGACCACCUGGACUCAUGCCUGCCUUAUUUCCUAUUCGGGGAUGAAGGGCGGGGACAUCGAAAGUCACCAGUCAUGAUAUUUGCCUUUGAAACAGUUCUCGGAUUGAGAACGAAAGCAAUCUACGAAGAGAGCCGGAAAACAGACCUCCGUGGCGCAGCUCAAACAAAAGCUCUGUUGGAUGCCCAACGGCACACUGCUAAGCUCAGCUCCUUGAAAUCACGAUUUUUGCUGGCCGUACUUCCACAUCUUUGGUACAAGGGGAAGCUUGUGCACGUUUACCGCAACACGCUGGAUGCUGUAUCAGUCAAAUGCCAAGACCUUUUUCAUGCAGGUGUACAACACUGCGGCAAGAAGUUCUACGGUGUAUUAUUGGGGGUCAAAGGCGAUUCGCCAGCUUUGACGAAAAUGGGAAUGCUGAACCGGGCAUUCAAUAGGCUGGGCUUCGAUAAGGGGAUUUGCCCCUUUUGUCUCGGUGGCAAACAAAACUUUCCCUGGGAGGACAUGUCUCAGGAGGCUGCAUGGCAUUCAACUAUUGGACAAGUGCGUCCUUGGGAUGCAAAUUGCACCAAUCAGCUUCUAAGCAUACCAUUCAGCCUUGAUGUGCCCGAGUUCGUCUUCCGGAGUGACCCCUUUCAUGUCUGCAAGUAUGGGAUUGGACGGCAUUUCGGUGCUUCUGCCCUGGUACUCCUGGCUUCGUGGAACACGUGGGGUGCAGCUGCACUGAAUUUUGAUGAAAGGAUGGCCCGGGCCUUCGACGACUUUUCUUUCUGCUGCUCGAAGGAACUCAAAGGCACUCCACAUUGCAAAGCCUUCACGAGGGACGGCCUUCAUUUCGACAGGGAAUCAAGUUUCCCAUGGGCCGGUUGGAAAGGCUCAGACACAAUGUUGGUGUUACGCUGGCUGGUUCGUUUGAUCCGCUACGGCAUCGUGACAGAUGCUCGAUCUGGAACAAGUUUGCUUGCUGAGCCACCUGGUCCACAGGAACUCUUGCAGUUUCAAAAAGACGUGUUGGAAGCUGUACUGGAUGGGGCAUGUUCCAUGGUUCGUUUCUUCCAGAUCCUCUACCACAACGGUGCUUGGAUUUUAUCACCUGCCUGCUUUUUGGCAGAAUCAAGUGAGGAUUUUAUUGGACAGGUGGCUAGAUUGGCUCGUCGAACCUCCGCACGAUCUACCUGCUCCCGCACCAUACAGCGGUAUUUGAUUAAGUGCCACUUCGACUACAAGGAUUUGACACGCUAG